AUGGCAGAGGAGGAAGAACAGGAGGGAAAGAAUCCACCUUCAGUCCUCCUCGUGGAGGCCAUCUCGGCGGACGACAAAGACGACGCGUCGAUGAUGCAAAUGAUGAUGACGACGAACGUGUGCGCGUACAUUUCCUACUCCUACGCUAAAGUCAUUAACUUCGCGGCGCGAGCCGUGCAAACGUGGGACCCACCACUCGACGACGACGCGUCGAUGAUUGAAGGGAAGAGCAAGGAUGAUGAUGAGGUGCCGAUGACGGAGCGACAAAAGGCGAGAGGGAAGGCGUGUUUAGGAGGAGGGCUGAUUUCGGUGGUGGUGAUUGCUUUGUGCGGGUUGGUGGUCUAUCGCGGAGGAGGAGGAGGAAGACCUGGGACGGACGGAAGGAUGUACUACUACGGGGGGUCUUCGUCGUACGAAUCUGAAGUAUCGAGCGGCGCGUCCGGUGGUUGGUUGGAGCAAGCGAGGGCGUUCUUGAGCAACGCGACUGGGGUGGAGGCGAUGUUAGGGACGACGGAUAACGAACACAUGUUUCCUACGAUAUUGGAGGAGAUACACGAAGACGCGUCGGCGUGCGACGCCAGAAUUCGAGCGGCGCAAGUUCCGUAUUUUUAUAAUCGACACUGCGCGUAUCUGGGACGUUUAACGUCCGCCAACGCCGGCGAGGAGAGAAGGGAUGCUUUGUUUGAACAUUUAGCGAGAGAUUUAGAGAGCCGAUUCGCGAGGAAUUACAUCGCGUUUCUCGCAGAAACGAACGCGUAUCGCUUGCGAGGCAUGGGGAAGACCGAUUGGGGGGUGGAUGAAGACGCCGAGGAGAAAUUAGGGAUGUUUCCUUCUUUAAUAAGAGAGGCGUUGGAGGAAGACGAGGAGAAGAAAGCUUCGGGGAUACUCGCAGAGGAAAGCGUGGAGGAAAAGAUCGAAGAGGCCGUCGUAGAUACGUUAGCAAAUAGCGAAGAGAAGAGAAGGAGCAGGAGAGCGUUGCUCGGUAGAAGUAGAAAACGCGCGCAAUCCCGCAUGUCGAAACAUUCCGCCCAUUUAAGGGACCUCGUUCGCAUCGGGAACAACAAUCAUCUCGUCAUAUUAGCAAUUGGAGCGAAAGAAGCGCCAUUCGCGUUAGCCGCGGCGAGAGCGCUUCGGAAAAACGCUGUCCCGGGAGUGGCGAGAAUAUUCGAAGGCUCGCCGGAACAAUUCUUCGCGUUGGAGCAAAUGAAACUGGCUUUGCCGAACGUAAAGGAUGCGAAACGAUUGCGAUUAGUCUCGAGUUUUGUCGGGAAGGCGAGGAAAACGAAGCAAGUGAGCAAAAAGGAAGUGUUUGGCUCAAUCGGUGAAGCCGAUUGGGGGCGGACGCAAUAUUUUGGUUCCGGUUUAGACGAAGAAGGAAAGCGAAAAGGCACGAAAAUUGAGCUGUUACAACUGUCGCCUCGAGAAGCGAUGGUAGGUGGCAUUCCGAUCAUCUUAUCCGCUGCGGACGAGCUACAGAGCGGUGUUCUCGAUGGUUUGAGCGCGACUGGCGCGCUAGGCGACGGUAUGCCUUCGGUGAUCAUCAUGCGCGCGCACGCGUUGGGAUUUGCCCCGGAGUUUAGUCAAAGAUUUCCGUAUUUCGUGUAUGCCAUCGCUCCUGGAACGCAACCGGACGAGGAAGAGAACAAGGACGAACCAGAAUCGAUAGAAUUGUUUCGAGUGGAUCAUUUAGUGUGGUCGAAAGAGCUCGCGAACGUGGCCAAGCAAAGACGCGUUUUAUUAGUCGCGUUUGCCAAAGAUCGGUUCGAACCGUUUCGAAAGUGGGCAAACGAUAGAGAAGCCAAGAAGACUCGAAAUGUGCGGAACUUGAGAGUCAGAAAGGCAUGGACCAAUGGGCCGAAGAGCUGA